UAUUAUUAUUAUUUUAAAAAUAAGCUCCAUAAGUUGAACUCCCGCGCUGAGCAGUCCGAUCCGGAGCCGCUUCUCCCCAUGCCUUGGAUUCGAUCCACUGGAUCCUUGGCCUUGGAAGAGGAGGAGGCGGAGGAGGAGAAGGCGAGGAGGCUCCUGCAGCCGAGGCGGAUGUAAGGUUCCUGGCUGGGCUGGACUGUGUGAUGUUUCUGCUGCUUCGUCUCCCAGCCGGGGAGGCGUGGAGCAGGCAGGGCGGCUCGCUCGCUUUGCCCGCUUCUGGGGGGUUUUGUAUUAUUUUUCAACUCCCCCUUCUUCCUCCCUCCUCCCGGGCUGCUGCUGCCGCUGCCGCCGCCGCCGCCGCACACAGACAAGACAGCACUAGCGUGUGCAAGAGCUUCGGAUUGUUUUUCUCUCUGUGUGUGUGUGUGCAGAAGACUGAUCCGGAUUAUGAUCUAAAAGGGGGGGUGCGGAGGAGGAGGGGGAAAGAAAGUCUGUUUCUCUCUAUCCAGAGGCUCCUCUGAUUUGCUCCGAUUGCAUUUGGAUUCCUGCAAGCAGGGACGUCUCCCCCCUCCCCUCCCCUCCCGUCCCUUCCUUGUUUUUCCGUUAGGAAACACACACAAGCACGGAAAGGACGAGACCUCGGUGCAUGUCUGCAUGCAGGCGUGUGUGUAUUCCCCGGGCGUCGCGAGAGGAAGGGAUAAAUAAUCACAGGUAGCAACAAAAGGAGAGCGCCCCCCCCUUCCCGCCGCCCUGCUGUUCUGAAGCCUGCACCUCCUUCCACUCCAACCUGCCUUCUUAUUUAUUGGAGAAAUCUCCUCGGAUCCCUCCGCACUCCAGAGUGUGUGCUUUAAUCCCAGGGAAAAUUAAAAAAACAAACAAACAAACAACAACUAGUGAAGCCAUCUAACCAUGGUGGUUUUCAAUGGGAUGCUGAAAAUAAAAAUCUGCGAAGCGGUGAAUCUCAAGCCCACAGCUUGGUCCCUGCGGCAUGCGGUGGGUCCCAAACCACAGACCUUCCUGCUGGACCCUUACAUUGCCCUCAAUGUGGACGACUCCCGGAUCGGCCAGACCUCCACCAAGCAGAAGACCAACAGCCCUGCCUGGAACGAUGAGUUUGUCACGGACGUUUGCAACGGCCGGAAGAUCGAGAUGGCCGUUUUCCACGAUGCCCCCAUUGGGUACGACGAUUUCGUGGCCAACUGCACCAUCCAGUUUGAGGACUUGCUGCAGAACGGGAGCCGCCACUUCGAGGACUGGAUUGAUUUGGAACCAGAAGGAAGAGUGUAUGUCAUCAUAGAUCUUUCAGGGUCAUCAGGUGAAGGUAAGACUGUUGGGUUUUUAUCAUAUUCUGCCGUUAAUAGCAGAUUUAUAGUACAUUAUUGGACACAUGAUUCAGGACUCCUUCAUCCAAAGAUAAGAGUCUCUAGAGCAAUGCCCUUUGUGUAUGAAACAUGCCCUGCUUGGUUCUCCUUGCAGUAG